UUGCUAGACUUGAACUCUGUACUCCACGUGGACUGGCUAUUAAACUACCCCUAUAAAACCUCAUGCAGGCAAUGUUGUAAACAACUUUCAGUUUUUUCUGAGCGUCUGAGAUGCUUUGCAAAGUGCUCCUCGUCUCUCUAGUGCUGGCAGCUGUAGCUGUGCAAGUGCUGCUUGCAAGUGUGGCCUGUGCUAGUGCAGGAGGGAGCUGUGAGCCCAUGUCUAUCAGUAAGGCUCUGUCUGACCCGACUGCAGGCCAGCUGGAGCAUGAAGUCGUCCAUGCAGUUGUGGAGAGAAACUACUUUAAUCCCCCAGACACAACCACGUUCAAUUGCCCCUCCCCCUCCGACAGUCUGCUUGAAGUGAAAAACUUGUCUGUGUCUCUGUUCCCUAAUGCUGAGUAUCCAGACUACUACAAUCUCCUCCUUCAGUGGAUAUCGGAUGGAAACUCUGAAGGGUACUUCAUCCAAUUGACAAAGGAGGGACGACAUAAAUUCUACAAUACUCAAAUUAACAACCCUAUGGUUACUAGUGUCCUACUGAAAGAAGUGACUUUUUAUCCUUACUCUCCUAGCUCACUAUCGAUUCAAGUACAACCCAAAUCACGCAGCAGUUCUUGUGCCUCUGUAACGGUAUCAGUGUCUGUGGACUUGUGUGAUGCAUUUGUAUACAAUCAACACUGCUCCCAACGUGUUCAGCAAUCCACGCCUGAUAUAGCAGAAUUUCAAGUCCAAACAACUUUGUUGUCUAGUGAUCCACAGCUAAUGAGCAUGCAUUUAUCUUGGGAGACUCGUGAUAAGAGUGUCAUGAUUGCCCUCACGUCAACUGGUCAAAAGAACACAGAUUGCAGUAAGCCUGGUCGACAGCCACCCUGUUUCAUUGCCAGCAACACGAAUUCAGUGACUGUUUCUUUGUUGAAUGCUUCCACUAAGUACACAGUCACUCUUCAUAUAUUCGACCCCUCCCCUUGUCAUCCUAAUUUAGUUCACCUUUUAGACGGAUGUAGUAAUGGCCGCUGUUGCAACGACUAUUCUCCCAUACCAUUACCACUUCCAACCAAUAUAACGUCCACUUAUACCACGCCUACUCCCUCCUCUGUCAACACACGAGUCACAACUUCACAAGCAAAUUCUCAUACAGAAGACACUCACACAGAAGACGCUCAUACAGAAGACACACAUACUCAUACAGAAGACGCUCAUACAGAAGACGCUCACACAGAAGACGCUCAUACAGAAGACACCCAUACAGAAGACGCUCAUGCAGAAGACUUGCGUGCAGUGUAUAGCAACAAUAUUUCGCAAGAGAACUCUAGUGGCCUGGUGAUUGUCGCCAUAGCAGUGCCCCUAGUCAUUAUUGUGGUCUCAGUGUGCAUCAUUGCAGUAUCAGUGAUUCUCUAUAAGGCCUCCAAGAAACGAAAAAGGAGAGUACCUCCUACCCAUGUGAUGGCCAACAAUCCCAUUGUUGAAUACCCUUCCUCCACCACGACACUUCCUGACAUAGGAGAAACAUCCAUGGAGUCCCUGAACAAUAUUGAACUAUCCCCUGUGAAGCCGCUAAACAGUCAAUCAAGUCCUAUCCGAGGUGUAUCACCUGACAGUCCUUCUGUAGUAGUUCUAUACUCUCCAAAGACACCAAACGUUGAGAUAAGAGAUAUUCUUGGAACGCUGGUAGUGGGAUUGUGUCAAUAUGGCAUCAACGCUAAGUCUCCAGACACCUGCGUCAGUGACAGUAUCUCUGCCUGGCUUGAGAGUGAGAUGGAGAACUCUAUCGUACUCCUUGUGUGCAACGAAGCCCUAAAGAGUGACUGGGAGUGUGAGAGGCCUAGCAAGCUGGUGUGUUCCCUCAGACAGCUGCUACACGGCAGUUUGGUGGAUAGGGGACUCUCAAACUUUGCUACUGUGUUUAUGGGCAAGGAUGCAGAGAGUGGUUAUGUGCCAAGUGCUUAUCUCAAGCCCCAGAAGCAAUUCACUGUCAGAGACAUUAGUGAUAUUGAUGAUAUAUCACAUUUUGUGUUUAAGAUUCCACGUUACGAAGCAUGUUACGAAGCAUCAUUUUAAUAUGUAUUAUAAUUAUGUUUUUUACUUUGUGAUAAUUUUUGUAUGAGUAUGGUCAGUCAGUAAUUUUUUUUUUUUUUUUUUUUUUUUGCGAAUUAUUUUUAUCUCCAUAUAUACCCCAAUACUACAUAAUAUUUACGUUCUAUUAAAUUAAA